AUGCAGUGCACCCUCUUGCCUUGCACUGGGUGGACAGGAGCAGGAUCUUCACAGGAUAAGGAAAAGAGAAUCCUGGGCCAAGAAGGAAAGACUGAAACAACAAUUUUCUGACCACCCGGAAAAAACUCCUUUCCAGGGAUCAUCGACAUAAAUGGACUCAGACAAGGUCUUUCUGAGCAGAGAGCCAGCCUGCUGGCCAAUCAUGGCUUUGCCACACUGGCUCUGGCUUAUUAUCAAUAUGAGGAUCUGCCCCAGGAGCCAACUGAACUCCACCUGGAAUAUUUUGAAGAGGCAGUGAACUAUAUGCUGCAGCACCCACAGGUGAAGGGACCAGGGGUUGGACUGCUCGGUUACUCCAAAGGAGCUGAUCUGUCUCUUGCCAUGGCCGCCUUCCUGAAGAACAUCACAGCUGUGGCUUCCCUUAAUGGUCCUGUGGCCAUCACAGCCCUUCCUCUCUGUUACAAGGAUAAAACCAUCAAACCUUUGACCAUUGAUGAACAACGGGCCAAGGUCACUGAUUCCAAUAUUCUUGAUUGUACUGACACCCUUCAUGACCCCUUUCAAGCCCCUGGCAACCAAAGCCUGAUCCCAAUAGAGAAAGCUGAGGCACAGUUACUCUUCAUUGUGGGACAAGAUGACCGUGUUGUCAAAAGUGAGUAUUAUGCUACCGAAGUCUGCAAGAUUUUGCAGGCUCAAGGGAAGGAAAAUUUUCGGAUUCUCUCUUACCCCGGAACAGGGCACUGCAUUGACCCUCCCUUUUUCCCUUU